GUUAGGGGAUGGGUUUGAAUGGUGCUGACAAAGACCUUCUGUGAUGACAUUCAGUUGAAUGAUGGUGGGGCAGAGAGAGCAGAGAGAGGGCAGAAAAAAUUGGCCAACACUCUUACUGAGAGAUUAAUAGAGAUCUUUCUAAGAUAUUUGCCAAGCUAGUCAAGGACCGUAAAGGUAAAUACAAAGCUGGACAUGACGUAAACAAGCUCAGCAUGGAAUCAAAUCGACUGCGGCAAACUUGAGAAUAUCAGUAACGGAUUUCCACAAGUGGAUUUCUCCAAAAUGAAAUAGUGUCAGAGGGAACUGGCACACAUACACUCGUAUACAGGCCUUCCUCACUCUUACACACAUCUGGUUUCCUCAAGUCAGCAUGCAGGAGUCUCCAGGUGCCUUGGGUGUAGAUGGCAACUACACCAGCAAUGUUCCAGCUUUUCUCACCAAACUGUGGACUCUAGUGGAGGAUCCGGAUACCAACCACCUAAUAUGCUGGAGUGCUACUGGGACCAGUUUCCAUGUGUUUGACCAGGGUCGCUUUGCCAAAGAAGUUCUACCAAAGUACUUUAAACACAAUAACAUGGCAAGCUUUGUCCGACAGCUUAAUAUGUACGGCUUCCGAAAAGUUGUAAAUAUUGAGCAAAGCGGUCUGGUUAAACCUGAGAGAGAUGAUACAGAGUUCCAACAUUUGUACUUCCUCCAGGGACAUGAACAUAUGCUGGAGCACAUCAAGAGGAAGGUAUCAAUAGUGAAGAGCGAAGAAACCAAAGUUCGUCAAGAGGACCUCAGUAAACUGCUGUAUGAAGUUCAGCUAUUAAGAACACAGCAAGACAACAUGGAGUGUCAGAUGCAGGACAUGAAGCAGCAGAAUGAGGUUCUGUGGAGAGAGGUGGUCUCACUGAGACAGAACCACACACAGCAACAAAAGGUCAUGAACAAGCUAAUUCAGUUUCUGUUCAGCCAGAUGCAGUCCAACACACCCGGCACUGUUAGCUUGAAGAGAAAGCUGCCAUUGAUGUUGGAUGAUGGCUCUCUUAGCCCACCUGCGUCCAAGUUCAGCCAUAUUAACCCAAUGGAGCCAGUGCAUGAGCCCUUCUACAUCCAGUCGCCAUCCAGUGAUACUGCUUCAUGUUCUACCACUGGACUAGCAGGUGGACCGAUCAUAUCGGAUGUAACAGACCUGUCUCAAGCCAGCAUGCCUCUACAGAUGCAGUCUGAUGAGACCAGUCAUAGGGAAAAGUGCCUGAUGCUGAUCAAAGAAGAGCCUGUGAGUCCAGGAGUGAGAGCAGGAGUGAAAAGUGGCGGUGUUGCUGGAGGAGACACCCUGGCGUUAAACUCCGCUUGUGAAGUGUGCACCUCGGAACCUCCCGUCCUUCCUGUUGCAAUGGUGCAGUCUGUCUUAGAGGGGAGAGGAUCAUCUGCCUCAGUGACAGAAAGGAGGAAUAAGAGAGCUGCUAUUGAAAGAGUGGAGUGUGGUUCUGAUGCAGUGGAAAAUAUGGAGAUGAGCCUGGAGGAGUUGCAGCAGCUGAUACUCAGGAGCCAUCAACAGAGUAACAUGGAUCCCUUCAGUGUAAACCUUCCUCUGACUGAAUGGAGCUUUAAUGAGAUGGAGUCCAAUCUCAAAUCAUAUGUGUUCCAAAAUCAAGAACCUGAGGCUUUUCCAGCAUCCACUUGUGAGAAACAGUGAUUAGUUUGUGCAGUGAGUGGCCCUUUUUGAAAUAGAAGGCCACAGACACAUCUUACCGUGCAUGAAUUUGAUCCUAGAAGCUGGCCAGGUUAUUUAUUUUAUUUGCCUUUUUUGUAUGCAUAAGUAUUCUUAUGAAAUGCAGAAAUGAUCAUAUUUGUACAAAUAAUGUCUUUUUUCUUUAAUGGAUUGCUCCAAGAAUAUCAAGACCCUAUUACCAGCAAGAUGCACACAGUGCAUGCUUGGCUUGAGCACUUUAGUCUUUCUGUGAGAGGGGAUUCCUACAUAUGGGUACAGAAAUAACUUGUUAUUUUCGAAUCAUAUUAUUGCAAAUGCACACAAGUGAAACAAAAUAUUGUGAUUACCUGAAUGUGUGCAAAACAUGGAUUGAGAUUGUCAUUAUAUAUUUUGUUCUGUCUGAUUUUUGGGGGUUCUGGAAAAAAAUGUAGACACAAUCAUAAGCAUUUUUGUGUGUUAAUCUUAAGGCAAGUUGUCCUUCAUGAAAUAGAAGAUUCAUCAGUCAACAUAUGGAAUCAAGCCACUCUAAACUUCAUUCAGAAACCAUUUUAAGUAUCAGUAGGACAUAUUGCAGGAGGUUUAAUAUCUAACCUAUGUACUUUGGGUCAGACACGUAACUAGGGUUAUUUCGUCUAACUAAAUGUAUGGUUUCAAGGACAACAAAUGAUAGACUUUUCAACUUGACUGAACCAACCACACCACUGCAUUUUUGCACAAACUCCAUAGUACAGUUAUGGUUAAAUAGUUUGUUCUUUGUUAAUUGAUGGCAUUCUAAACAUGGUGGUUUAAAGUAGACUUGGAUCAUCUUUAGAAUCAACCAACAAACAACAAACAAACAAACAAACGAACGAACGAACGAACAAGCUAACUAACUAACUGACUGACUGACUGACUG